AUGCCGAUGCUAGGCUUUGACCAACGAACCGAAAUCGCCAACUGGGUCAAUCUGGCGGCAUUCCUGUUCUCUGUCUAUUUACUACUGUCCUUCAUCGUCCUCCCUGUAAAGUAUACUCAUCGGCACUACUUGAGUGUUUGUGUCACCCUCGGUAUAGUAUUUAUGGAGCUUGCCUUCAUCAUUCCAUUAGCUGCAAAGCCAGACCAAUGUUUCAAUGCCAUUACACCAAAUGAUAUGAAAUCUAACGGCUCAUGUGCGAUCAGUGGCGCGUUUCUCCUAUUUGGAGGGCUUGCAGUCGUUGUCUGGGUCUUCUGCCGGUCACUGGCACUUCACCUCCAGAUCUGCUGGGAGGUGGUACCUGGCGACAAAUUCUUCUAUGCGAGUCUGGCAUUCGGUUGGCUUGUGCCCGUGAUCGGCUUGGCUUUGACCCUGAGCCUGACUGGUGUCUCAUUUCGAUUCGGUGAUGUGUGCCAUAUCAACCACAAGAAUGCCCUGCAAGACUUCUGGGGCCCGCUUCUAGCAUUUGCUGCGUUGGCAUUAGUUCUCCAAUUCAUCACAAUCGGGUAUUGUAUCCAUGUAUACAUCAGGAGCCUUCUCGACGAUGAUAAAACCACAACAAACUCGAGCUCAGCCCCCACUUAUUCCGGCAGUGUGCGGACCAUGACUGCAAGGCAAGCUUACCGCCGAGUCAAGAAGGUUAUUGAGCUACAAUGGAGAGGUGCUACGAUCGUUCUCGUUAUCAUUGGAGAAGUGGUUUUCUUCUCAGUGGUCUUUGUUUCCAUGGAUAACAGCACUCAAAUCAAUGCCGAUCUGUUGCAAAGAGCCGGACCAUGGCUCGAGUGCUUGUUUCUCAAGGGGGGAGAUAAGAAUCAAUGUUUGAAUCUGGCCAAAGAUCUGGUCCAGCCUGAGGGUGUCGUUCUUGCGGUCCUGAUUAUUCUUGGGCUCAGCGGAUUCUGGUGCCUGAUGUUCUUCGGACGCUGGUCCAUGAUUGAGGGUUGGAAACAAUUUUUCCGCUCCAGAUUUCACCGCAAGAACGAAUUUGUUUCAGCGGAUGCCAGACGCAUGUCCAACGACCCUCGUACGUACGAACUGCUGACAGGGAACAAUCCGGGACUGAAUAUCAAAUCUCCAGAUCGCGCCUAUGCAAGCCCACUCGCCCGUUCGCCAUAUACUCCGGGUCAGCUGGAUUCCAAACAAGAUUAUUUCAACUCUGCUCGUGUUUACAACAACCCUGUUACGAGCUUUUCCUACCCUCAGCCUCCCAAUCAAAAUCGUGACUGGGAUCCAAUGUCUACGCAUGCCAUAUCACGGAGCCCGGAUCCAAAACUUUAUCCGAUGAACAAGCUGCCUUGA